AUGCAAGUGGGCCUUGCGUCUGUGCCGCUAUCACUAUCGGCAUGGAUAUCAGGUGCCUACCGGACCCGUGCAUCGCAAGAGACCGUCCAUGAUGACGUGGCGGAACAGGAAUGGCAUAACUGGUGGAAAGAAAUUGCGUCAUUUAUGCGUGAGAGCCGCUUAGACAUGGCCGUCAUUCUUCUGUCGUAUCGAGAACGGAAGAAUGACCGCGAGCACGGUGGUGAACGAAUGAAGAGCCGGCGUGACCUUGCCAUGGCCUUCCAUGGCGCGCCAGACAUACUGCAGCGCAUUGCUUCUUCGCUAGAACAGCAUGGCACGCAGCAGCUGUUCCCUGAUGGUGUGCAUUUGCAACUCGAUACAUGGAAAGGUGAGCGACGCACAAGCAGUGGGCAGCGCGAGCGUGUGGGAGGUCUCGAAGUAUCACGUCAGGUGCGAGGAAUGCCAGGAAUCAGUGGCAUAGUGUGGCGCCAGCGUAAUACGCAGGCGAAUCGCAAGAUCGUACAGCCAGCCCUGCAGCGUGUACUGCAAACAGCCCUAUAG